UAUUCCUCCCACUUCGCACUUCGCCAAGCUAUCGUCGACUCCCCUCAUUCACGCUCGUACCGCAUACAACUCCUCACUUCGGUAUAUAUCCCGGCUGCCGUGGGGCUUGCCGAUAGCAGCACUAACUCAUAUGCAGCGCCUUCCCCGUCAUCCGACCAGACGUGCGCCCAUUCUUCGGGGCCUCGCUCGCAUUCACAGCGCACUCACUCACUGCAUCAACCAUGAAUCCACGGAUAGAGGAAGUCAGUGACUCGGACAGCGAUCCGCCCGAGGCCGAUCUCUCCGAUGUCUCUUCUCUCAUCACACCCGCGCAAAUCCCGAGUUUCCCCUCUGCCCCGUCGCAAAUGCUACAACCGCAGUCUCCGCUCGUCAAGUCCUCAGCCGAUCGGGAGAAGUCUAAACACUUCCAGUGCCUGUAUCCCGUAUACUUUGACAAAUCACGGACACGAACAGAAGGGCGUAGGGUAGGAGCCGAGCUGGCUGUGGAGAACCCACUCGCGCGGGAGAUGGCUGAUGCUGCCGCGAGUCUGGGACUAAAGACCGUCUUCGAGCCGGACAAGACGCAUCCAAAAAACUGGGAAAACCCCGGCCGGAUACGCGUCCUUAUCAAGCAGGACGGCAAGCAGACGACCAGGAACAUCAAGAACAAGCAUCACCUCUACAUCAUGAUAGCCCAGUACCUGAAGGCGCACCCCACACAACAGAACACGCCUUUUAGACUACCAAUCGCGGGCCUGCCGACGCCUAAGGAGCUGCCAGAGCCCGCUAUACCCAAAGGGUGGAAGAUGAACAGGAUCCUGCCGCUUCAUUCUCCCGCCUUGACCGGAGGCGGUGUGAGCGACAAUUUCCUGCAAGAUAUGAUGGCGGAAAUGCAGGGGGAGGUGGGCGGGCCUGGGGGGAGCGCCGCAGGCAGUGGAGGCGCCGGCAAGAGCAGAAAGGACAAGAAGAAAAAGUGAGGCAAAACACGAGCAUUUACGCCCAACGGCAUGCACUCAGUCGUCUGGCAUAGGAAGCGACUAGCAAGCGGUCAGAACGCCUGUGACGUGUUGACCGUAUGCCUUACCCGAGCACAUGAGAGGAGCGGAAUGCACCAUUCUGUGCAGCUGAUCGAAGUCACGGGCUCAGCAGUCGAAAGACAUUCGACUCCAUAGUCCACAGAGGCCAACCGACUCUUUACGAAAAG